UUGUACGCUUUUUGAGGGGUAGCGUACCAGCGAAAUGAAGAUGAGACGGAAAUUUCCGAAGCGCACCGAGUUUCAACAUGGAUGGGCUUUCUUUGUCAUGACGGGAAAGUGAACAUUUCAUCGUCAUUAUUUCACCCUGAACUUGAUGGAAGAUGUCUGAUGAAGCCAUGGCAGUCUCGAGUCCCAUGCAGGACUCUCUUGCCGACUUAGCCUCAAUGCCUGCACCAGGACAGAUGGCCGAACAGUCCCCGCUGCCGUCGCAACAAAUGCCGGCCCCAUCACCGAUGUCACAAUCAGGCAUGCCCAUGGAAAGCCCCCGCCCCAUGCCCACGCCUAGCCCUAGUUCCAUCCAUGGUGGAUCGAUCGCUAGCCCCAUGGGUGGCCCCAUCCAAAGCCCUAUGGCUGGCCCUGUUAUGAUGCAUGCUAACAGCCCCAUGGCCCAAAUGUCACCAAUGCCUAACCCUAACACCAUGCCAGGACAGUCACCGAUGCCGCCCAACCAAAGCCCAAUGCAGCACCAUCAAAUGCCCAUACAGCAGCAACAGCAUCAAGGCCAGAUGCCUAUGGGAAACCAGGGAGCCAUGAUGAGCCAAGGACCUAUGGGCAGCCAGGGUACUAUGGGCAACCAAGGCCCGAUGAUGAACUUGAGCGCGACGGGGAACCAGGGAGGCAUGGGCGUACAUGCACCAAUGAUGACUCAAGGGCCAAUGGGGAACCAACCGCCUAUGGGGACCCAAGGUGCCAUGAUGAGCCAAGGUACCAUGGACACCCCAGGACCAAUGGGAAGCCAGGAUUCCACCAUGAUGACUCAAGGACCUAUGGGGAGCCAGGGACCCAUGGCAGGUCAAGGGUCAGUCGGAAGUCAAGGGUCGAUGGGGAACCAGGGGCCGACUGGACAGGGCUACAUGGGCAGUCAACCUUACAUGGGCAGUCAAGGUCCCAUGGGGAGCCAGGGACAUUCUGGUACUCAAGGGUACAUGGGCAGCCAAGGCCCAAUGGGCAGCCAGGGACACACGGGGAAUCAGGGAUACAUGGGAAACCAAGGCCCGGUUGGAAUGAUGCCCAAUCAAGGAGGCAUGCCAAGUCAAGGAGGACAUAUGCCCAGUCAGGGACCCAUGCAAGGUCCGGGAUCCAUGCAGGGAUCGAUGUCAACUUCCGGCCCCAUGCCUAGUGGGGGCCCCAUGCCCAGUGGGGGUCCCAUGGCUAGUGGGGGUCCCAUGGCUAGUGGGGGUCCCAUGCCCAGUGGGGGCCCCAUGCCCAGUGGGGGCCCCAUGCCCAGUGGGGGCCCCAUGCCCAGUGGGGGUCCCAUGGCCAGUGGGGGUCCCAUGGCUAGUGGGGGUCCCAUGGCUAGUGGGGGUCCCAUGGCUAGUGGGGGUCCCAUGGCUAGUGGGGGUCCCAUGCCCACGCCAAGCUCCAUGCCUGUCCCAGGACCCAUGCCUGGUCCAAUGCAAGGCCCCGGACCAAUGUCUGGCCCAGGAUACAUGCCAAGCCAAGACCCCAUGGCCAACCAGAUACCAAUGAUGAGCCAAGGCCCAGUUGGGAACACGGGCCCAAAUCAGAUGCCGCCCUCGAUGCCACCCUCGAUGCCAGGUCAAGGCGGGAGUAUGCAGGGGCCGACACCCCCACCACCACAGCCACCGUCGGGACCCAUGCAUGGACCUCAACAACAAAGCUCCACCUUCCAGAAUCAGUACAACACAUUGCAGAGGGCCAUUGAGACGAUGCAGGAGCAGGGCAUGCAGGGAGAUCCUCGCUACAGUCAACUGAUGGGUUUGGCUAAGCGAGCAAAGCAACACCAACACCAGCAGCAAGCUAUGGGAGGUUACGGUGGGCCCAUGGACACCAACGCCCCUCCCCCUACCAGCAGCCAGGGCCCAGGGAUGGGCCCCACGCCCCCCGGGGGCCCACGUACCACCCCCUUCAGCCCGCCCCAACUCCACCAACUCAAGGCGCAGAUCAUGGCCUACAAGCUACUCUCCAGAAACCAGCUCAUACCGGACAACCUGCGGCAAGCCGUCCAGGGCAAACACCAAGCCAUGUACCCACGCUCCGGUGGUAGGUUAAUAAGUAGGCUGUCAGGGGGCAGUCACGGUCCUAUGGCUGGACCCCCGAGCAGUGGGCCAGGGGGUCAGUCCACCACAGGGCCUAUGCCAGGCCAAUGGCAGCAACAACAACAACAACAACAACACCCAAUGGGUGCCCCGCAGGGGGUCCCCCGGCCCACCAUGCCGCAGAUGUCCCCACAGCAGCAGCAGCAGCAACAACAGCAACAACAGCAGCAACAGCAGCAGCAGCAGCAGCAGCAGAUACCACAGCCGCCACCACCCAAGCAGAUUCAGACUGUCAUGAUGCUGCAGCCUAAGCAGAAUCGCCUGAUCACGAUGACUAAACCCCAGGGGCUGGAUCCCGUGGAGAUCCUAUCAGAGCGUGAAAACAGGGUCACCAGUCGUAUAGCCUACCGCAUCCAAGAGCUACAGUCUCUGCCUGGCUCCCUCCCGGAAGACCUGCGCAUGAAAGCAACCAUUGAACUCCGCGCUCUAAGACUUCUCAACUUCCAACGCCAGCUUCGGCAGGAAGUAGUGAGCAGCAUGCGGCGGGACACCACCCUGGAAACCGCCCUCAACUCCAAGGCCUACAAGCGCAGCAAGCGACAGUCGCUGCGGGAGGCUCGACUGACGGAGAAACUGGAGAAACAACAGAAGAUGGAGCAGGAGAGGAAACGACGCCAGAAACAUCAGGAGUACCUGAACUGCAUCAUGCAGCAUUCCAAGGAUUUCAAGGAGUAUCACCGCAGCAUACAGGCUAAGCUCAGCAAGCUGAACAAGGCUGUCAUGACCUACCACACCAACACGGAGAGAGAGCAGAAGAAAGAGAGCGAACGUAUCGAGAAGGAGCGUAUGCGACGACUCAUGGCUGAAGAUGAAGAAGGGUACCGUCGUUUGAUUGAUGAGAAGAAGGACAAGCGUCUUGCCUACCUGCUGAGCCAGACUGACGCUUACAUCAACAGCCUGGUGGACCUCGUCAAGGCUCACCAGGAGCAGCUACGCAAGAAGAAACGCGAGAAACGCAAGAAGAAAAAGGCUGAGGUAAGCGAAGCCUUGCAAGAUGGGUUGACGGACGAGAGCAGCCAGAUGAGUGAUAUGACCAUCAGGGUCAUCAACCGCGAGACGGGACACAUUGUGAGCGGGGAGGAGGCCCCCAAGGCCACACAGCUGGAGGCGUGGCUUGAGAUGCAUCCUGGGUACGAGGUGGCACCGAGAGACGAGGACGGCUCCGAGUACGAAUCUGAAGACGGAUCCGAAGAGGAGGAAGAAGAAGAAGAAGAGGAGGAACAGCCACAGCCGCAGCUUGAGCAAAAGCCAUUGACAGAGCAGUCCAUUCAGGAUGUCCAUGCUGCUGACGAUGAAUACAACACCCAAAAUGCGGGAUACUACGGGAUUGCCCACGGCAUUCGGGAAGAAAUCACCGUUCAGCCGGAGAUGCUGGAGAACGGAACGCUGAAGGAAUAUCAGAUCAAGGGUUUGGAGUGGAUGGUAUCCCUGUACAACAACAACCUGAACGGCAUCCUAGCCGAUGAGAUGGGUCUGGGCAAGACCAUCCAGACCAUUGCUCUCAUCGCUUACUUGAUUGAGAAGAAGAACGUCAAAGGGCCUUACCUCAUCAUUGUGCCCCUCUCGACCUUGUCCAACUGGGUGAUGGAGUUUGACAAGUGGACGCCAAACAUCUCCAAGGUGUCCUACAAGGGGUCGCCCAGCUUACGCCGCACCCUCGCCACCAACCUCCGCACGAUGAAGUUCAAUGUUCUCCUGACCACCUACGAGUACGUCAUGAAGGAUAAAUCUGUUUUGUCAAAGAUUCGUUGGAAGUACAUGAUCGUUGAUGAGGGUCACCGAAUGAAGAACCAUCACUGUAAGCUGACCCAGGUGUUGAACACUCACUACCUCGCGCCUCACCGAGUCCUCCUAACGGGAACUCCUCUGCAGAACAAGCUACCAGAGCUCUGGGCUCUGCUCAACUUCCUGCUGCCGACGAUCUUCAAAUGUUGCAGCACCUUUGAUCAGUGGUUCAACGCGCCCUUCUAUUCCACAGGAGAAAAGGUUGAGCUGAAUGAGGAGGAGACUAUUCUGAUUAUCCGUCGUCUGCACAAGGUGCUGCGUCCGUUCCUUCUCAGACGUCUCAAGAAAGAAGUCGAGUCCCAACUCCCAGAAAAGGUUGAGUACGUGAUCAAGUGCGACAUGUCGGCGUUGCAGCGGCUGCUCUAUCGUCACAUGCAAAUCAAGGGAGUGAUGCUCACCGAUGGAUCAGAAAAAGACAAGAAGGGUCGCGGUGGGACCAAGAUGCUGAUGAACACUAUCAUGCAGCUUCGCAAGAUCUGCAACCACCCCUUCAUGUUCCAACACAUUGAGUUCUCAUUCUGUGAACAUCUGGGCCAGUCUGGCGGCAUCGUACAAGGGCCAGAAGUCUACCGCGUGGCCGGUAAAUUUGAGCUCCUUGACCGCAUCUUGCCCAAACUGAAGGCCGGCAAACAUCGAACCUUGCUUUUCUGUCAGAUGACUUCCCUCAUGACGAUCCUGGAAGAUUACUUCAUCUUUAGGGGUUACCGAUACCUACGUUUGGACGGUACCACCAAGGCAGAUGAUCGAGGUGAACUGUUGGUCAAAUUCAACAACAAGGGGUCCGAUUAUUUCGUCUUCCUGCUCAGCACUCGAGCUGGUGGGCUGGGCCUCAAUCUCCAGACAGCCGAUACUGUGAUCAUCUUUGACAGUGAUUGGAACCCUCAUCAGGAUCUGCAAGCCCAGGACCGCGCUCACCGCAUCGGUCAGAAGAACGAAGUACGCGUCCUUCGCUUGAUGACUGUACAGAGCGUAGAGGAGAAGAUUCUGGCUGCGGCCAAGCACAAGCUGAAUGUGGAUAGUAAGGUCAUCCAGGCUGGUAUGUUUGACAACAAAUCCACAGGGCAGGAACGUCGAGCUUUCUUGGUGGCACUGCUCGAUCAAGACGCAGAUCAGGACGAGGAAGAAAACGAAGUCCCAGACGACGAGACCAUCAACCAGAUGAUUGCCCGCACCGAGGAAGAAUAUGAAAGCUUCCAGCGGAUGGACAUCGAGCGACGUCGCCAGGAGGCCCGGGACCCGAACCGUAAACCUCGCCUGAUGGAGGAAGAAGAACUGCCGGGAUGGUUGGUCAAGAAUGACAAGGAGGUGGAGCUGCUGACCCUCGAGGAUGACGAGGAGAAAUUGUUUGGCCGUGGGUCCAGACAGAGGAAGGAUGUGGAUUACAGCGACUCGCUGACAGAGAAAGAAUGGCUUAGGGCCAUCGAGGAAGGCAACCUGGACGAAGUAGAAGGCCUCAAGAAACUGAAGAAACAGCGCAAGCGCAACUACGACUACGUCGAAGACGAAGACGAGGACGAUGAUGAGGAGCCGCCUUCCAAGUCUCCCCACAAGGCUGAGAAGCCAGCCGUUAAGAAGAGACGGGGCAGGCCGCCUGUGGAGAAACCACAGCCUAACCCGCCCAAGCUUACAAAUAAUAUGAAGAAACUGGUCGAGACUAUGACAGGUUAUAAAGAUGGCCAAGGCAGGCCCCUAGCCCAUCCUUUCCUCUCUCUACCCCCCAAGCGAGAGCUACCUGACUACUACGAGCUCAUCCCCAAACCCAUGGACUUCAAGAAGAUCAAGGAUCGCAUCCGGCAGCAUCGCUACCGCAGCAUCAACGACCUGGAGAGAGACGUCAACCUCAUGUUCAGGAACGCACAGACCUACAACCUGGAGGGGUCACAGAUCUAUGAGGAUUCCAUUGUGCUUCAGUCAGUGUUUGCCAGCGCUCGUAGUUGCCUAGAGACCACGGGACGGCUGCCAAAUUGUGGCGAUGAAGAUACCGAUGAGGAAACGGAGGCGACAUCGGACUCUGAAUCUCGCUCCUCCAUGAAGAUGAAGAUCAAACUCAAGCAAGGCAAAGGCGAGAGCAAAGGGCGCGGCCGGGGGAAAGGCCGAGCCCAGCCCGUCAAGCGAGGGCGUCCUCCACGCAAGCCCGUCGUCAGUGACGACAACGAUGAGGAUGAAGAUGAGUCAGCGAAGAAGGACUCGUCCUCCAGCAGCAGUAGCAGCGAAUCUGAUGAGGAUGAUUCUGGCAGCGACGGUAACCCAACUCCCGAGUCAUCUCGUCCCUCGUCACGCGGCGCCUCCCCCGCAAUGGGCCAUAAAAAGCGUUGAAGCCCCGCCCCCAAGCGGAAACCUAAAACAAGCUCUCAUCAGGAUAGUGUCGAACCUAGCACCGUCAACAUAAAUUUGAGUUGUAGAGGUUACCAUGUACAAAUAUUACAAAAAAAGAUUAAUAAUACAGUUUCAAAAAGUUAAGUUCAUUUAUUUAGUCCAAAAUGCAUUUUAUAGUGUUUGUAAGUUCUUUCCUUUGAUUAUUUGUUGGAUAUUUUUCUUUGUAUUUUGUCUCCAUUUAUUCCUCCCGAAAAAGGAUAAAAAUAAUGUACUGUGUUUUUUUGUAAAUAUAAAUAGAGUAGAUAUUGUAGCUAUCAGAGUGCUUAGAAAAAAAUACUCACGGCUUAUUAUUCAAGUAAGCGUGUGCGUCUAGCAUAUUUUGCAUUAAUUUCACACUCUUCUAUGGGCCGGUUUUUCCAUACAUGUAUUUCCAACAGCCUUUCUAUUUUCCAUAAAUAUGUAAUCGGUAUUUUAGUGAUUUUGCUGAGUGUGGUGGUGUUUCUUUGGGUCCAGAUGUACUAAGUUGAAGGAUAAAAUGAUUUCUUUAGAAGGAAAAGGAAUAUGGAAUACUUUGAUAAUUUGUAGGAAUUGAUAGAAGUGAAUUGAGGGAAUGUAGUAACAGUUUCAAAAAAAUAUCAAAUCACAUUUUAAAAAUUUUCGAAGAAAUAAACCGGUCAAUAGUUUUGGACAAGUGAUCUUGAUAAGGUAUCUGUGGUUGUGGUCAGAAGCUGAAUUUUGUUGGUUUCGUCAAAGAUGUUCAAAAUUGUGACAAUUGUCUUGUGUUUUUUUUUUGGAAGACAUUGUACCCAAAUUGCAUUCUACAUGUACCUCCUCGCAGCAUUUGGUAGAAAAAAAUAAAGAUACUAAGUGUAUGUAAAUUAUAA